UGGUACCGCGCCUGAAGAUGCCCGUCAUCGGACUCCCCCGGCCCGCAGGCUCCGCCGCCGUCGCAAGCCACGUCGGGCUCCGUCGUGAUCCACGGGUGCCUCCCCGCCUCCUCCCCACUCACGCUGCGGUGCCGGUGGCGCAGCAGUUCGACAGCGAGAAGCUCCCACAGACGCUCGUCUCCGAGAUCCUGCCCACGUAUCUGCGAUGGUCUGGGUGCUUGCGUUGGUGUCACGUCCUGGUGGUUUUGGAUACUACUCCCUGUCUCCAUUUUUUUUUGUCUCCGAUCAAGAGCAUGGAUCGUGCUGGUACGAAGCGGGGAAGGGCACCUCUAGGCGAUGUUUCAAACUGCGCGCUCCUAGGUUUCUCCCUUAAUCAUCAUGACACCUUGAUUGUGGUAAACCUGACAUCUGCAGAACGUGCUUCCCAAAUUGUAGGUAGCAGAGAAUUGAAACUGCAGAGGGAGAGAAUCAGGAAUGCAUCCAUGACUGACGAACAAAGAGAUGAGGGGAACAAGAAGAGAUGUAAGGCUUAUAGGAAGAAGAAAGAGAACACAACCAAUAAAGAAAACAAGUCAGAAAUUGAGCCACCCAGCUCAGAUGACGUUUGUAUCGGUGGGGAAUGCAUGGAUCAAACUCAAAAUAAUCCCAGUGAUGUCCCUCCGACCAUUGCAUCAGGUUAGUGUGGGAAAUUAUAAUGUUUGUUAUCUGGAAUUUACGAGAAUCCUUAUUGAAUACAUUUCCAUCUGAUAUGUCAUAGUGUUAGAGUUGGCGCCAUAUGGAAUUGGCCUGAUAUUUUUUUAUGAUCAUUAGCUAAAAUUUUGGACCUGGGAUUUGACACCAAGGUCACCUGGGAAAUGUAGACAGAGCAGAUGUUGGACCUGGGAUUUCGUAUGUUGGUUUUCUGGUUGAAUACUGUCAUGAUCUAUCCCUGUUGUGCUGACUGGCAUUGUUAAGAAAAUAGCUGAAUUUUUAACUCCUAUCUGAAAGAGUGAUUGUGCUACUUGCAACUUCUACAUCCUAAUUUCUGAAUGCAGCUAAACAUAUAUGAAAGUUUUAUCUAAAAAUUUUCCCGUAGCA